AUGGAGACCAAACGCAUACUCACGGCAGCGGAGCAGCGUGCUGCCCGCCGAGCCCGCGUGCUGCAGGGCAGCGAGAGCCGCUUAAAAUUACUGAAGGGACAGAUCUCGUCACUUAAGACACCAAGUGAUACCAACGAGUCGCUGGAGCAGCAGAUGGACGAUGAAGUCGAAGAGCUAGUGGCGUCCGACGCGAAGCCCGCCGAGCCACCGACGGAGCUCAAAAUUCCGCCUCGUGUGGACCCCGCGCAGCGACGCCGAGACGCAGCCGCGAGACGCCGUAGCAAGGAGCAGAUGGUGCAGGAUAUAUUAGGCAAGGAGACGUCUCCUAGCGAGGUGGAGCAGCAGGAUACACCCACAGACCAGAAGAAACCGCAGAAGCUGCCUGAGAGUCUAACAGCGCCCUCAACUGCUCCUGAGCCGACAUAUAGCCGCCACUCAACAGCUUUGAAACUCCAUUCGCUCGAGGAGAAGCUGGUUCUGCUGCUAGUUGUGGCGGGGGCGGUCUAUGCUGCAGUGUGCAUGGACCUGCGAUCCAUUGCGGCCAGCUUGGCUGCUGACGACCAGUUGUUCGUGAGUUAUCAAGACCUGAUCACCAAAGGUGUCCCCAUGGAGUCCAUCCGGCAGCAGUUCGAGCGCGAACAGGUCGGACCUGAAGUGAGAAACAAGCUCGAGCAUUUACUGACGCAGCAGCUGAAGAUGGAGGCAAUGGGGGAGACGGGGACUGGCAAUUCCGGGUGGCUACCGGAUGUGGCAGAUCUCGGAUUCUUCUUAAGCUCAUUGGUGGCACACCCACCUAUUGUAUUGUGUGUGCUGCUAGUGAGACUGCUGGUGUCGACGGGGGCGAAAGCGUUGCAUAAGGCGCUGGAUCUACCGGACGUGAAGAAUCCGCAGGAAGGGGAUUUGGGGUUCUUAGCGAAUAUGGCGCUGUCGAGUCGGCCAGUACUGAAAGAGUUUCUCGUGAAGGCCCGAAAGUCGCUGGACGACGUGUUUGUCUUCAUCUUCGCACUCGUGGUGUCCGUCGCCAUCCGUGCCAUCUGGAUCAGUUAG